CUGUAGAGUGUUAAAAGUUUCACUCUAUAGCCAUGGCUUCUUCUUCUUCAUCUCUAGCUUUUUCUCUUACUCUUCUUCUAGCUCUAAUCCUCUGUUUCUCACCCACACAAUCCUCCAAAACCAUCGGCAAAGGCUACCGUUUGAUAUCCAUCGAAGAAUCUCCAGAUGGUGGUUUCAUUGGUUAUCUCCAAGUCAAACAAAAGAACAAAAUCUACGGCUCUGAUAUCACCACUCUUCGUCUCUUCGUCAAGCACGAAACAGAUUCACGUCUUCGUGUUCACAUCACAGACGCGAAACAACAACGAUGGGAAGUUCCAUACAAUCUCCUCCCGCGAGAACAACCACCACAAGUCGGAAAAGUCAUCGGAAAAUCAAGAAAAUCUCCAAUCACAGUUCAAGAAAUCUCCGGAUCCGAACUUAUCUUCAGUUACACAACAGAUCCAUUCACUUUCGCCGUGAAACGUAGAUCUAACCAUGAAACACUCUUCAACACCUCAAGCUCAUUAGUAUUCAAAGAUCAAUACCUAGAGAUCUCAACUUCAUUACCAAAAGAAGCAUCACUCUAUGGUUUAGGUGAAAACUCACAAGCUAAUGGUAUCAAACUCGUACCUAACGAGCCUUAUACUCUUUACACUGAAGAUGUUUCGGCUAUUAAUCUUAAUACUGAUCUUUAUGGUUCGCAUCCGAUGUAUAUGGAUCUAAGAAACGUUGGAGGUAAAGCUUAUGCUCAUGCUGUGUUGUUGCUUAAUAGUAAUGGUAUGGAUGUUUUCUAUAGAGGUGAUUCGUUGACGUAUAAAGUUAUCGGAGGUGUUUUUGAUUUCUAUUUCAUCGCCGGACCUUCGCCGUUAAAUGUUGUUGAUCAGUAUACUCAGUUAAUCGGAAGGCCUGCUCCAAUGCCGUACUGGUCUUUAGGAUUUCAUCAAUGUAGAUGGGGAUAUCAUAAUUUAUCAGUUGUUGAAGAUGUGGUGGAUAAUUACAAAAAGGCUAAGAUUCCUCUUGAUGUGAUUUGGAACGAUGAUGAUCACAUGGAUGGUCACAAAGAUUUCACUUUGAAUCCUGUGGCGUAUCCUCGUGCCAAGUUAUUGGCGUUCUUGGACAAAAUCCACAAGAUUGGGAUGAAGUAUAUUGUGAUUAAUGAUCCUGGUAUUGGUGUCAACGCUAGCUACGGUACAUUUCAAAGAGCCAUGGCCGCUGAUGUGUUUAUCAAGUAUGAAGGAAAGCCUUUCUUGGCUCAAGUGUGGCCUGGUCCGGUUUACUUCCCUGAUUUCCUUAACCCGAAGACGGUUUCUUGGUGGGGCGAUGAAAUCAAACGCUUCCAUGAUUUAGUCCCUAUUGAUGGUCUAUGGAUUGACAUGAACGAGGUGUCGAACUUUUGUUCUGGUUUGUGUACAAUCCCACAGGGGAAGCAGUGUCCGAGUGGGGAAGGACCUGGUUGGGUUUGUUGCUUGGACUGCAAGAAUAUUACCAAGACUAGAUGGGAUGAUCCUCCUUACAAGAUUAAUGCUACUGGAGUUGUAGCUCCUGUUGGGUUCAAGACUAUUGCUACAAGUGCUACUCAUUACAAUGGUGUUCGAGAGUAUGAUGCUCACAGUAUCUACGGGUUCUCUGAGACCAUCGCGACUCACAAGGGCUUACUUGAUGUCAAAGGCAAACGUCCCUUCAUUUUAUCCCGGUCUACUUUUGUGGGUUCGGGUAAAUAUGCUGCUCACUGGACCGGAGAUAACCAAGGAACAUGGCAGAGCUUGCAAGUGUCUAUCUCAACCAUGUUGAACUUUGGUAUCUUUGGUGUUCCUAUGGUUGGUUCAGACAUUUGUGGAUUCUACCCUCAACCAACAGAAGAACUCUGCAACCGUUGGAUCGAAGUUGGCGCGUUUUACCCGUUUUCGAGAGAUCACGCCAAUUACUACUCACCAAGACAAGAGCUUUACCAAUGGGACACAGUUGCAGACUCAGCUCGUAACGCUCUUGGUAUGAGAUACAAAAUCCUUCCAUUCCUCUACACUCUCAACUACGAAGCCCAUGUGACCGGUGCUCCCAUCGCUAGACCGCUCUUCUUCUCAUUCCCUGAAUACACCGAAUGUUACGGCAACAGCAGACAGUUCUUGCUUGGAAGCAGCUUAAUGAUAUCUCCGGUUCUUGAACAAGGCAAAACCGAAGUAGAAGCAUUGUUCCCACCAGGUUCUUGGUACCACAUGUUCGACAUGACUCAAGCCGUUGUGUCCAAGAACGGGAAGCGCGUAACUCUCCCAGCUCCUUUGAACUUUGUGAACGUUCAUCUUUACCAAAACACUAUAUUACCAAUGCAACAAGGCGGGUUGAUUUCCAAAGACGCGAGAACCACACCUUUUGGUCUCGUUAUCACUUUCCCUGCAGGAGCUUCUGAGGGUUACGCCACCGGGAAACUCUAUCUAGACGAAGACGAGCUUCCGGAAAUGAAGCUAGGAAAUGGACAAUCCACGUACGUUGACUUCUACGCUUCGGUUGGAAACGGGACCGUGAAGAUGUGGUCACAAGUUAAAGAAGGUAAGUUUGCAUUGAGCAAAGGAUGGGUGAUUGAGAAAGUGAGUGUUUUGGGACUUAAAGGAACAGGACAAGCUUCUGAGAUUCAAAUCAAUGGCAGUCCAAUGACAAAGAAGAUUGAGGUAAGCUCGAAGGAGCAUAGUUAUGUGAUUGGUUUGGAAGAUGAAGAAGAGAACAAGAGUGUGAUGGUUGAGGUUAGUGGACUUGAGAUGCUUGUUGGUAAGGACUUUAACAUGUCUUGGAAAAUGGGUAUCAAUUAAUUUACAUGUUAAGAGUUGGUAAAACUAUUGGGGAGGAGAAUGAGAUUAUUAAAAACAAACGGUUAUGUUUCAUUCUUCUCCAUUUCGGAUUAUAAGAAAAGAAAGAAUAGAGGUUUGGUUUUUAGAUUGUGUCUCUGUCUUUUUAUUAGAAGAUGUUUUAGUCUGAAUAAAAAUUGGAAGCACAA